AUCUAUUUUGUUGCACUGAGUGGAACCCAAAUUUCAAACUAAGCUCUAUCUGGUUCACAAUAUUUAGUUUUCUCUACUCUAGUGAUCUUGGUCUAGAACUUCUGAAAAUUCCAAUCAUCUUAUAUCUUCUCUUUGUUUUCCCUCUUUAAAAGAAAGAAACCAAAAAUUCCGACUUGCUUUUGUUCUGUUUUCCCUUUCAUCACUGUCUUUCCACCAAAUAAAACAAAGAGCAGCAACUGAAGCCAUAAUAGAGAUCGGAAAAGUCAUGGAAGAGAAGAAUGGACCAAAAGAUGUCAGGAUCCAAAUGGCAAGCACAGAAGAGGGCUCUUCCUCUUCAUCAAAUAUCAGGCAGAGAAAUGUUUCCUCAUCUGCAAGAUCUCCUUCGGCUAAGCAGAUUGCAAAUCCAGACACACACCCCCCUCAGGAAACAAAAGAAAAGUCAAACGACCAAGUCUCAACUCUUCCGGAAAUUAAAAAAUGGAGUAAGUGGACAACUCGAAUCAUUAUUGAGUGGAUUGUACUUGUUUGCUUUGCAGGAUGUCUUAUUGCUAGCUUAACUGUACAUAUAUUUAAAAACCAUGUGAUUUGGGGUUUGGAACUAUGGAAAUGGUGUGUGCUCGUGCUGGUUACUUUUUGCAGUGGAAUUUUCACUAGAGGGAUGAUGAAUGUUGUUGUCUUUCUGAUGAGGGGGAAGUUUGCUCAACAUGAGAUGGUUAUAUAUGUUGUUUAUGGACUAAGGAAGAGUGUUUGGUUUUUUGUGUGGCUGAGUUUGGUUCUUCUCACUUGGGUUCUAUUGUUUGAUAGUGGUGUUAAGAGAUCAGAGCAAACUACAAGGAUUCUGAAUUACAUUACGAAGACUCUAUCCUCUACUCUUUUUGGGGCAUUUUUAUGGCUGAUUAAAACUACUGUUGUGAAACUUUUAGCUAUUAAGUUCCAGGGCAAAAGAUUCUUUGACGACAUUCAGAAAGCAAUCCUUCAUCAGCAUAUAGUUGACACGCUCGGGACCUUACAGGACCAAUGUGAUACAGUAUUCAUUGUCAGGUGGAUUUCCAAAUUUCUAAAUUGGUUAAAGGAAAUGAUAACCUCUGCAUGGACCAUGGAAGGGAUAGAUGUCAUAAGAGGGUCAAGGUUGUCUAUUCCGCCUUCAGGUGAAAUUUUUGACAAAAUUAUAGAACAUCAGAAGACUGGUAACAAAUUGCCUAGUGGAGUUAAAAAGGAGGAUACUGAAGGUGGCCAGGAAGAAAAAGUGGAGGAUAUUGAAAAGGAGCACAUUGAAAAGGAGCACAUUGAAAAGGAGCACCUCUUAUCUUACCUUAAACAAGAUAAUGAAGCUAAGGAAGUUCUUAAAAAAUGGUUUGAAGAUGUUGAAUCAAGUGGAGGAAUCAUCAACAAAUCAGCUUUUCAGAACUGGCUGGCAAAUAUCUGCAAUGAACGCGAUAAACUAGCAUCUAGGUUGAAUGAUUACAAAACAGCCAUAGAAGAGCUCGACAGGCUUCUCUCUUCGAUCAUGUUUGUUGUUAUCGUUAUUGUCUGGUUACUUAUGAUGGGAAUUUUAAAAACAAGAGCACUUCUCUUGAUUUGUUCUCAACUUGUGCUAGCGGCAUUCAUGUUUGGUAACUCUCUGAGGACCGUAUUUGAGGCCAUCAUAUUUGUAUUUGUGAUUCAUCCUUUUGAUGUCAGUGAUCGUUGUAUCAUAGAUGGAGUACAGGUGAAUUACUAAACCUAUAACUUACAUGCUUCUAUACAAUCAGAAGAUCAAUUGCUUGAUGUAUUAAUUAUCUUUUACAGAUGGUUGUUGAAGAGAUGAAUCUCCUGACAACAGUCUUUGAAAGAUAUGAUAAUGAGAAAAUAUACUAUCCAAAUUCAG